CUGCAGUAGCAGUGCUGUCUGUCAGUCUGUUUUAGACUCAGACCAGACUGCUUGCCCUGUCUUCCUGGCUCCAUCGCUUUGGCAGGAUCCUGCGUCCAUUUAGAGGAGGCCUUUGAGAGUCACUAGAUAGUCUUUAAGUGUGACUGCAAGCUAUCAGUCUGGCAUUGCAGGUCAUUGAUGGAACUUGUUAAUACUUUAGGGCUCACUUUUGGCAUGGAUUAUUCACAAAACCUCCUGCAUUUUCAGUGCUUUUAAAGCAGUCAUUUUAUACCCAUUUUUACUGUCAUCCCCAAACAGAACCCGUGGUUUUGCAGGUCUUUGUGACCACAUCACUAAUGGAUCCCCCAAGGUCCGAGCGGCUGUAGAUCCCAGAAAGCAGCAGCCAUGUUAGCCUGCCUACAGAGACGGCAGCAGAACCUCUCAUCUCAGCGUCUGGUCUGCACCCCCAAGAUCCUGGAUGCUCCGCAGCAGCAGCCCAGCACACGGCAAAGUGAGCUGGUCUCCAUGAAUGGCCCUCGGUAUCCUUCCCCUGCAGAGCUGGAUGCCUUUGCCCAGAAGACGGCCAGCAGCCCCCUGUCCAUCAAGAUCUUCCCAUCCAACAUCAGAGUGCCGCAGCACAAACAGCUGAACAGGACGGUCAACGGCCUGGACACCACAUGCACCCAGCACUACAGUCCCUACUCAGGAGGCUACCAGGGCCUACUGGGUGUUGUAAAGGCCACCGUCUCCGUGGUCAAAGGCGUACUGAAAAACUCUGAGGGCAAGAGGACUAAACAUUCCCCCGCCCAAACUGCAGUGGCACCAUACAACCUUUUCUGUAACAACAGACACGGGCAGCAGAAGAGCUACCGCAUAGGCUCCUGCAAGCCUCAUGACGGGCCAAAUGUGUCUGUACCCUCUAAUAUCAUUGGGGCUGUGUCAGUCAUUCCCACCCCGGUAGGGCAGACUCUGGCCCCUCAGCCGGAUCUGGAUGUCCAGAGCCUGCUGAGGCAGAUGAACAGACACACCCACAGCCAGGCCCUGCAGCACAGGGGAGGGGCCCAGCCAAGCCCUUCCCUUCAGGCUGUGGCUGCUGUAGCCUGCUCAGAUUCUGGCUUUACGCUGGGAGUAGCGCCCCAGAGCAGUCUGGCAUAUUCGGGGGCCGUGCUGCCCACCCAGAGUGCAGACAUGGCCAAGGCUGGCUACCUGGACAGAGUGGAUUAUAGCACAUGGCAGCACAAACAACAGCAGCAGCACUAUCAACAGGGGGCGCUAAGGAUAUACAACAAUGCUCGGAUGGGCAGCGGGGGAGGUGCCGUGGUCAGCCGCUCUCCAGAGACUUGUCUCCCUUUGGCCUGCUCGGCACAGCUCUCAUAUAGGCCUCAUCCCCUCAGUGCAGGCACUAACGGGGCAGGAGCAGGGAUAGGGCAGGACCGGGUUAGCUCCUCCCCUCUGAACUGUGCUGCCAUGCAUGGGGAGUUCUCUGUGGGCCAGUACUUCGCCCCUCCCUGGAACAGUGUUCUGGUCACUCCGGACAGCGACUGUUACAACCCUCAGGAGCUGGUGCCUGGCUCCUCUAUUGUCCGGCCCAGAGACAUGGGGCUCUCCCACCCUCAUCCAAACCAUCACCCCAACCGCCAGCUCCACCCCCACCCUCACCCCCAGGCCUAUGCCACAGACCAAAGCCUGGGCCUCUGUUUUGGGAUGCCCAGCACCAGCCUGUGCCACGCCUCUGUGCUGAGCAGCAGCCUGCAGUCUCUGGAGUGCCUGAUCAGUGAGAUCCACCCACCCUGCAUUAAGGAGCGCAUGCUGGGACGGGGCUAUGAGGCGGUGGGGAUGCCCCAGCUACUGGACCACAACCUACAGCACACCCACAUUCAGCUGCCUGUGUUCCGAUAAGACGGGACAUAUCCACACAGGGCAUACAGUGCCUUCGGAAAGUAUUUAGACCCCUUGACUUUUUCCACAUUUUGUUACGUUACAGCCUUCUUCUAAAAUAGAUUUUUUUUUAAAUAGCAACAUUUAAAAAAAAAAAUGUUUCCAAAUGUAUAAAACUUUUAAAACAGAAAUAUCUUAUUUAUCUAAGUAUUCAGACCCUUUGGUAUGAGACACGAAAUUGAGCUCAGGUGCAUCCUGUUUCCAUUGAUCGUCCUUGAUGUUUCUACAACUUGAUUGUAGUAUAUUGUGGUAAAUCCACCCGCGGUAAAUUCAAUUGAUUUGGAAAGGCACACACCUGUCUAUAUAAGGUUGACCGGACAUGUCAGAGAAAAAAACAAGCCAUGAGGUCAAAGUAAUUGUCCGUAGAGUUCUGAGACAGGAUUGUGUCGAGGGAAGAGUACCAAAAAAUGCUUACAGCAUUGAAGGUCCCCAAGACCACAGUGGCCUCCUUUGUUCUUAAAUGGAAGAAGUCUGGAACCACCAAGACUCUUCCUAGAGCUGGCCGCCUGGCCAAACUGAGCAAUCGGGGGAGAAGAGCCUUGAUCAUGGAGGUGACCAAGAACCCGAUGGUCACUCUGACAGAGCUCUAGAGUUCUUCUAUGGAGAUGGGAAAACUUCCAGAAGGACAAUCAUCUCUGCAGCACUCCACCAAUCAGGCCUUUAUGGUAGAUUGGUUAGACGGAAGCCACUCCUCAGUAAAAGGUACAUGACAGUCAGCUUGGAGUUUACCAAAAUACACCUAAAGGACUCUCAGACCAUGAGAAACAAGAUUCUCUGGUCUGAUGAAACCAAGAUUGAACUCUUGAAUACCAAGUGUCACGUUUGGAGGAAACCUGGCCUUAUCCCUAUAGUGAAGCAUGGUGGUGGCAGCAUCAUGCGGUGGGGAUGUUUUUCAGUGGCAGGGACUGGGAGACUGGACAGGAAAGAAGGAAAGAUGAACGGAGCAAAGUACAGAGAGAUCCUUGAUGAAAUCCUGCUCCAGAGCACACAGCCAAGACAAUGCAGGAGUGGCUUCGGGACAAGUAUUUGAAUGUCCAUGAGUGGCCUGGACUUGCAAAUACAGGUGUGCCAAGCUUUUAGCGUCAUACCCAAGAAGACUCAAAGCUGUAAUCGCUGCCAAAGGAUGUAUGUCCAAUGUGUCGGAGAAACACUGUACACCUGGCGACCGUGUCAGAGUGCAUGCGCCCGUCUCGCGACAGGAGUUGUGAGAGCUCGAUGGGACAAGUACAUCCCUUCCUGCCAAACCCUCCCCUAACCCAGAUGACACUGGGCUAAUUGUGCGUUGCCUCAUGGGUCUCCCGGUCUCGGCCGGCUGCGACAACCCUGUAUCGAACCAGGAUCUGUAGUAACGCAGCUAGCACAGCACAGCAAUGCAGUGCCAUAGACCGCUGCGCCACUUGGAGGCCCAUUUGCUAAACAUUAUAAAGAGCUGUUUUUGCUUUGUCAUUAUGGGGUAUUGUGUGUAGCUUGAUGAGUGGGGAAACAACAAUUUAAUCAAUUUUAGAAUAAGGCUGUAACAACAAUGUGGAAAAAGGCAAGGGGUCUGAAUACUUUCUGAAAGCACUGUUUACUGUAUAACAGGAAAUAUACUGUAUAACAGGAAAUAUACUGUAUAACAGGAAAUAUACUGUAUAACAGGAAAUAUACUGUAUAACAGGAACUCUAUGGAUGCAGCGUUUCAUUUUGAAGCGACCACCUCAGAAUGAGAAAUGUACAGUACCUUUUUAUUUAGUGUGUAUGUGUGGGUUGUAUUGGUAGAGGGCUAUGUGGUUUGGAUGUGACCAAGUGUUUUAAACCUUUAAAGGGUAAUGAUAAUCAUGACCUAAAGGGUCAUCUCAUUUGACAUCUUAAUGUUUUCAUUUCGGAGGGUUUGUUAUCCAAUCAUAUCAGUUCACAUCUUCUGGAAGUUCCUCAGAAGAUUCCAGUGCUGUGCACUAUGUCAGAAUGGUGUUUUGGGGCUUAUUUUUCCAUCUAUCCAUUGUUUAAUUUUUAAACCAUUUCAAAACGUUGUAAAUUCAAGUAUGGGGAAAAGGUGACGUGCAGGCAAUCCUCCUAUUGCCCUUUUACAAAGUGCCAAACUGGAACAUUUUAUACAUGGGGGAUACAAGGGCACAGCUCCAGGGCUCAAGACUGUCAUGCUUUAACCCUUAACACUUAAUUGACCAAUAAAGGUCACUGAUUAUAAUGCACUGCUGUAAGAAUGGAAAAGAAUAGGUUAGACAUGGGGAAAGGUGUCUGGGAUCUGUUAUUUUCAAAUAAACACUUGAAUAUU